AAAUCAAACCCCCGAGUACGAGUAGAAAUAGCUCCGACCGAAGUCAAUUCUCGAAAUGUAAAAUGAUCCGAGUAGUACAAAUAUUCGCCUGUACUUCAGUGAUUGUUGUGUGACCAGUGGUUGUGCCUUUAUCAGAAUCCUAUCGCCGCAUGUUACGCAAUGAAGCUGCUGAAGCCUACCUGGGUGUCGCAUGAUGGCAAGCCAGUAUUUUCCGUACAUAUUCAUCCUGAUGGCUCCAGAUUUGCCACUGGAGGCCAGGGAAAUGACUCCGGCUAUGUGGCCGUGUGGAACAUGCAGCCGGUCGUCUCGGCAAAGUCUGAGAAUGACCAGAAAGUGCCCAAGCUCCUGUGUUCCAUGACCAACCACUUGUCAUGUGUAAACUGUGUGCGCUGGUCGAACAAGGGGAAGUACCUUGCAUCGGGCUCGGAUGAUAAUGAUGUCAUGAUCUGGAAUUUCAGUGGGAGAGGCAACCAAGCCGAGAUCUGGAGUUGUGCCCACAUUCUGCGACGACACGGUGGAGACGUCCUGGACUUGGCUUGGUCUCCCGAUGACAGUUACUUGGCCACCAGCAGCGUGGACAACACCAUCGUCAUAUGGAACGUCGACAGUUUCUCCUCGACUCCUGAGGUGAAGGCUACAAUUAGCAAUCACACUGGUAUGGUGAAAGGUGUUUCUUGGGAUCCUAUCGGCAAGUACCUCGCAUCGCAGUCUGAUGAUAAAUCUCUUCGCGUGUGGAGAACAUCGGACUGGAAAGAAGAAUCUUCUAUCCGUGGUCCUUUUGACAAAGUCGGUGCUGUAACACAUGUCCUUCGCUUGGGGUGGUCCCCAGACGGACAGUAUGUUGUGUCCACACACGCUUUGAACAAUGAUGGCCCUGUUGCCAAGAUUGUGGAGAGGGGCAGUUGGAAAGCGUGCAUGGACUUUGUCGGCCAUCGCAAAGCUGUAGAAGUUGUGUCAUUCUGUCCAAAGCUGCUGAAGCGAGAUGGUGGCACGUAUACGUGCUGUGCUGUUGGUAGUCGAGAUCGUACCUUGUCUAUCUGGCUGACAUGCUAUCGGCGGCCGCUUGUUGUGCUUCACGACUUGUUCUCCAACUCCAUCCUGGACAUAUCAUGGAGUCGCAAUGGCCUGGAGCUACUGGCGUGCUCGCACGAUGGCACGGUGGCCUUCCUAUCACUGACGGAAAAGGAGAUAGGAAAUCGGCUCAACGAAUCGGAAACUAAUAAAGCACUAAAGAACCUGUACGGCUUUACCCCGGGCAGGCUGGCUGAGCACGGUGCCAAUGCCUUGAUCGAGAACCCAUCCAUUCUGAAGCUACGCCAAGGCUCAACAGUCUCCCCGGCAAAGGAAGGCUUCGGCAACCGACUGGAAAGUGAUUCAAAGAAAACACCGGUUACUCCGUCAUCAGCAGGUGCCAACGGAAGUCUACUGCAGUCCGCUCCAACCACUCCAUUUGCUGGUUUUCCUAGUCUGAACAUGGCCCCAGUGCAGAACUUUUCAUCGUCGUCUCAGCCUGCAUCUGUAGCCACUGAAACAGUCAAACAGCAACAAGAGACCCGGACUAAGGAAGGUCGUCGACGCAUCGCGCCCGUUUUACUGCUCAGCAAGACAACAGCCAGUAAUGUGCCUGCACCCUUUGGUUCAUCAGUUGCGGCGGAUAGCGACGUCACUCCGCCAAGACCUGACACCGGCGGAGAACACUCUCAGCUAGAGUCUGCAAGUGAAAUGGACGUGACGGCGGACACACCACUACCCGUCACGCCUGUCAAGCGUAAGAAUGACGAGCACGGUGCGGCCCACGGCGACGGAGCUGACGUAGCCAGUGGCCUUGCUGGGCGUGCGGAUGCUGCAGCUGCCGCUGCUACAAGUGGCGGUGCAGGAGCGAGGACUAGUCAAGUUGUCGACAAGCCUAUGACCAUACAGCCACUUUCUCCGGAGAAGCCGGCCUCAACAAGUGCAGGCACUGGUGCCGGAAGAGGUGGACGUAGGAAGCAUAUUGAAUUGUCAGUGAAGCGGCUGAGGAAGGAAGCACCAGCCAGCAAAGGAGCCAGUUCAAACGCGACUGCUUCGACGGACGGCGCAGGGACAAGCCGCUCCAGUACAGCAGCAGCAGCGGCGGCCGCAGGGGUGACAUCAUUGACAGCUGCACAGCCUGGUGGCAGCAGCAGCAAGUCAUUGCUGGCGGCAAGCGCCACUGGUCUGCUGAUAGCGAGCGGUAAUGCCGGUGUACUGACUGUACCGGAGGUGCAGUCCACGCUAACGUUCAAGGUAGCCUGUCUCAAAGGCGCUGAUCUGGUCUUUGAGGCGAAGAACACUCCUGGAAGUCAAGCAAACACGGUGGUCUGCUCUCAGGAAGGCCAGCAACUUUGGAGUAUCGGCACUUACAGUAGAAUCCUUCUCCUGACUGCUUCGAGGCAUGUAGUUGGCAUAGCAACGGAAGACCGGUGCUUGUCUGUUCUCUCAAUACACGGUCGACGACUGCAAGCACCAAUGUGUCUAGCUGGUGCUGCACACUUGAUGGCUGCCCGUGAUCAUCACAUAGCCGUUGUCACCACCACUGGUAAAGUGUGUGUCUGGGACUGUCGUUCACUUCGGAUAGUGGUUCGAUCAGACUCUGUCAUCAGCCUGUUCAACAAUGAUAGUGAUCAGCUGACAGGGUUGGACAUAAGUAGCAGUGGUCAUCCACUGGUGACCGUCAACGCAAGUCGUACCUUCAUGUACACAGCUGAUAUGGAGGCAUGGUUAUUACUGAGCGAUCACGAGGACCCAAUCAACCGACUGAGUAGCUAUGCUGUGCGCAAGUCAUUCAGCACUGGUGGUGGCAGCAGCAGCAGCGGCACAGCAGUAGCAGCGGGUUCAUCGACGGACGCCGUGGCGAGUAGUGUGAAAGGUGUCGGUGACCUGCGGCCUCUGGCACGAUUGCAGGGCCUGGUGUGUGCUGAUGGACACAGGGAGGCAGCCAUUCGUGCUGGUAGUUUGUUGCACCAGGACGGAGCUCAGACGCGUCUCGCCAAUCAAGCUUUCUUGGAGAAUCAAGUAGCAGGUGCACUGGCGUUGGAAUCUCACAUUGAAUAUCGUGUAUGGCUGACGGCCUAUGCCAGAUAUCUCACACAAGAAGGAAUGGAGGCCACUCUGAAAGACCUGUGCAACUCAAUGAUGAAAGGUCUGCACAAUGCCUCCGCGCCGUAUGAACAGCUGUUCGUUCUGGGCAUCUCGAAGAAGUCUCUCAUCAAGGAGAUCUUGGUUAUCAUGGCUACAAAUAUCUCCCUGCAGCGUUGUGUUGCGCAGCUCCAAGAGCAGCUCGAGGCACUGCCAUCGCACCGGAACACUGCCGCUGCUGCUGUUGUAGGCCCGCAGCGCCUGUAAUAGAUGCAAGAUUACUCCUCUGCUGCUGAAAUGUAGGUGGAUGGAUUAGAUACAAGAUCAAUCCUCUACUGCUGAAAUGUAGGUGCAUGAUUACUAGAUCCUUUGCGUGUGCAAUCAUAAAAAAGAUCGUUUUUGCUCUGUGUAAUAUAUGCUGGCUGCUGUACAUAACUUCCGAAUACCUAGUGUGCCAGUUGUCUGUACAAAAAGUGUUUGAAAAAGCACCAGAUCAUAGUUUCCUGAUGAUAAAAUCUGUUCACACUUGUCAUUCAUUAUUCAUUCUCCAUCUUGUGCUGUCCAUCCGCUGACCAUCCUGCGUUAUCUGCAUUGGAACAUUGACAAACCAAAAGCACUCAAUUACGGCGGUUGUCUCACUCCUUUUUCUCCACACACCUUUUUAAACCUCGUAUUUCCCUCUUAUCCGCUUUCUAUAGGCCUCUCGACCUCUCAGUUUAUAUAGUUUUUAUUACCCACUAGCUUCAAAUUUUAACAAUCGCUGCUAGGCAGUCAGUGUCAUAUAGGAUUGUUGACUUGUUAUGUCGCAGUUGUUAUGUCGCAGAAAAUUGAGAAAACUAUGUGUGAUAUCUGA